AUGAGUGUUGUCGCCAGUAGACCCGAGAGCGCUGCUGUGCCUUUCUCCCCCAUCCAUCAAAGCCAGGUUCAUCAUUACAAGGAUGCAGCAUAUGCCGUGACAGUGCAGCCGGUCUCAUCUAGAACGUCAUCAGUUUCUUCCUUCAAGAGCAACUACAGUGUUUCCACCGCCCCUACAGUCUACUCCCCGAUCUCUCCCGCAUCACCAUAUCGCUUCGACUCCGCUGCCUCUCUAGAUAAGAUCUUGGAGUCGGUGUUCAAACGACUACCCCAGGAAGUCUACGACGUCAUCCUAGAUCAGUUGCAGUACCUACACACUGGCCCGAAUCAGACUGGGUGUUUGACAUGUUUUCAGCGCGACUUGCACUCUCUCUCCUUGACCUGUCGGUCCUGGGAGAAGGGUGUCAGAGCGAAAUUAUAUAACCAUAUACACAUCAUUGGAAAUGAUUCGCCGUCCCAGUUGAAGAAAUAUCGGAUUAAAAGGGGAAGCCGCUUGAAGUUGCUCAGACGAACCCUCCGGGAGAGGAAAUUGCUGGCCAAUCUCGUUCUGGAGCUUCGUGUUCCCCAGAUGGACUUGUUGUUCACUGCAGUGAAGCAGAGCACUCAAUGGCAGGAGUAUCGAGAUCUCGUCGCCUCGGUCGUCAUGGUGUGUCCUAACCUGGAACGAUUGCUAGGCCUGACCAUCCCGUACAACCACGAGUUCGAUCGUCUGACACAUGCGUUGUCCACGCGGCGGAAGCUGAAAGAGCAUACAUGGGUUUUGGGAGAGGCCCCGGCGGUUUCUGAAGAAUCCCCUCGCAGCACAUCCUGCCCUGGGAGCCUAGGCCCUUCCCAGAUGUUUGAGUUUCUUAACUAUCACGCCUCAUGGUCAAAUCUAGAAACGCUGAUGCUCUAUGGCGUGAACCAGAACAACGCCCUGGAACCGAGUAUCUUCCUUCGCAUGAUCAGCCUUUUGCCGUCGUUACGAAAUCUCUGCAUCUCCAAAUUUGAUGCUGAUGCCUUCGCGGACAGCGCUCUGCUGUGCCUGCCGCCGCUGGACUCGCUUCGCCUGGAGAGCCUCCCCGGUGUGACUGAUACAGGACUAUGUCAAUAUGCAACACGCCCCGAGUCUCGUUCGCUCAAGUCUUUGGCCCUUGUCGAACAGAACAUUGAAUCCUUACUCUCGAUCUCGAAAAUCCUGUCAUCACUGAGACAAUUAGAACGCUUCAAAUUCAUCCAGAGCAACAAGUGUCCUACGCUGAACGCCGAUGGGAUUGUCUUUCAACCGCUUUUCGCCUCCUCGAGCCUCAAAUAUCUGCACUGGGACGUUACGGGCCCUGACUCUGCCGCCGCGCUCAGCAGGCUCGAUUACGUUCCAUUUGUGAAACCCCCACGACACACGGAGUCUCCGAACUCCCAUCUCGCUCAGAGUAUCCUCUCAGCCGGCUUUCCCCGUCUUGCAACAUUGCGAGCGCCCUCGGAUAUAGAACCUCCGGGGGUUCUCCAGGCUGUAUGUCAACCGAUGCCAAACGGACAGGCAUUGCUCAAGCCGGAUCGUUACAGCCUCCCUCGCAGCUCCCACGGUUCGGUCACCACCCGACCAAUGGCCCUGCCUGCAGGGAACAACUUGACGUCUGCUCGGAUCCGAGCGCAGACCUUUAUCGACAUGGCCGCGAAAGACACAGAAACCGGAAUGCGGCUUCUCAUUACCGACCACUCCGACUCGUACGUCCCAGACAGUGCAAUGGACGAUACCUCGGAUGACGGCUCCGAACUGGACAUGGACGACUUUGGCAUGGGCGGUGUGCAGCCUAAGAAUGACAUUCUAUCCGAAGACCGCGAAGGACCCGUCACCGUGUAUGAUUUCCGGAUGCCCGCUUUCAUGGGGAGGAUAGGCUGCAGGACGAGUGACAGGGAUGUCUCAAUUCCGCGGUUCGUCCUUCGUCCCGACAUAGCAGGGCAGGAUGGGGAUGGAGGCCUAGUUGAUUGGAAACAUGUGCUGGCCUCCAGCCAAUCGCUUACCUACGCUGCUGGGGUUGGGGUGAACUGCUUCGGUGGCAAGAGUGCCGCGAAACCGGUGUCCGAAGAACCACCGUCUCCAACCUCCACUACAACGUCCCGCUUCGGAUGGGGUAGCAUCGGCAGUCGUUCUGCGCUGGGGACCAGCCCAAACACGCCCACAACCCCAGCGACGCCGAUGAGUCUUUCGUCCACGGCACUUCCUUGGGACCGGGAUACCUGCACGGGGUCGUGGAACUAUAGCCACAAAACCGGGCGGGACUGGUGGUUCCACAUGGAACGAGACCGGCCAGGGAAUGUCGAAAUUGUCGACGUGAUGCGGCUUUUCUAG